AUGGUGAGUCCCAGUAGUCAUCCAGAUAACAAGAAGCCACAGAAACUGAAGAUCCAUUUAGAUGCCUACCUGACGCUGCAGGCACAGUCUACAGAUGGAAUCACAGCUCUGCACAGGCUUCUGCUUGUGGUCAGUUCCUCUGAAGAUGCCAGAUGCUUUUCAACAGAGAAAUCUGUGGCACACAGUAAGGGAGAUGUGGUGAUUGCUGGGUUUUUCCCCCUUUAUUCUUGGGAAUUCAUUCGCAACAUGAAUGACCCUGGUAUGCGGCAACAGGGCCAUCGGCUCAACUUAAAGAAAUACCAAUUGGUUCUGUCACUGACCCUUGCAGUUGAGGAAAUCAACAAGAAUCCCCAUCUGCUACCCAACAUGACCCUGGGGUUUGAGAUCUAUAUUUCACAUUAUGUAGAAACUGAUCUGUUAGAGAAUCCACUGACCUUACUGUCUGGGCAAAAUAAAAACAGCCCUAAUUACACCUGCAGGAGAGACAGCAAAGCUGUAGCAGUACUCACAGGAACCUCCAGCACAUCUGUCCCAAUUGGGACUCUGCUAGACCUCUACAAACUGCCACAGUUCACCUUUGGGUCUUUUGAUCCUCUCCUGAGUGACCAUGGACAGUUUGGUACUGUCUAUCAGAUGGCUGCCAAGGACUCAGCUCUAGCCCUGGCCAUGGUCUCCUUGAUACUUCAUUUUAGCUGGUCCUGGGUGGGACUGUUCAUCACCGAAGAUGACUAUGGUGUGUGGUUCCUCUCAGAAUUGAGAAAAGAGAUGGGCAAGAAUGGAGUCUGUUUUGCCUUUGCAAACACAAUCACAUACAAUGCCAUGCCAAAUUUUGCAAAUGAUGCAUUGAUACAUGGCCAGAUUACAGAAUCAUCAACCAAUGUGAUUAUCAUUCAUGGAGACAGUGAAUUUCUACUAAGCUUUAUUCUUAAAUUAGGGGAUUUUUUAAUUACAGGGAAAGUCUGGGUCAUGAACUCACCCUAUGAUGAUGUGACCCUCAGUAAAAGGUAUUUCCUGCUAGACACCUUUCAUGCACCUCUCAUCUUUUCUCCCCACCAUGGGAAUAUUUCUGGGUUCACCAGUUUGAUCCCAUCAGCUGAGUAUUCCAAGAACUCAGAAGAUAUUUCCAAACCUAGCUUAUGGAUUCAGGCUGUUCAGUGCAUACUGAUUAAGUCUGACUGUACAAAAUUGGGGCACUGUUUGUAUAAUACCACACUGGAUUGGUUGCUGAGGCACAUUUUUGACACGGCCGUGUCAGAAGAGAGUUACAACAUUUAUAAUGCCGUGCAUGCCGUGGCCCAUGCCCUGCACAUGAUGCUUCUUCAUCACACAGAAGAACCUCCAGCCCACAAUAAGCAACCAAAGGCAUUUCUCUCUUCACAGCUGCAUCCCUUUUUGAAGAAGAUCCAAUUUACCAAUACAGUUGGAGAACAAGUGGUUUUGGAUGAGGAAAGGAAAUUGGAGGCAGAGUACGAUAUUGUGAACUUUUGGAAUUUUCCAGAAGGUCUGGGACAAAGGGUGAAAGUUGGCAAGUUUUCUCCAUCUAGGCCACAUGGUCAACGACUUAUUUUAUUUGAAAAUCUGAUAGAGUGGCCCAUAGGAAUUACCAAGACUCCUCAGUCUGUCUGCAGUGAGAGCUGUGGCCCUGGAUUCAGGAAGGCCCCUCGGGAAGGAAAGGCUCCAUGUUGCUUUGACUGUACUUCUUGCCCAGCGAGUGAGAUGUCUAAUGGAACAGACAUGGAGCAGUGUGUGAAGUGUCCAGAUCAUCAGUAUGCCAAUACCGAAAGAAACCACUGCCUGAUGAAAACUGAAAGCUUCCUGGCUUACGAAGACCCCUUGGGCAUGGCUUUGGCUUGCACGGCUCUCUGCUUCUCUGCACUCACAGCUGCGGUUCUUGGGGUGUUUAUCAAGCACCAAGACACCCCCAUUGUCAAAGCCAAUAACCGGGCCCUCAGCUACAUCCUGCUCAUCUCCCUCACCUGCUGCUUCCUCUGCUCCUUGUUGUUCCUUGGUCGUCCACACACAGCCACUUGCAUCCUCCAGCACACCACAUUUGCAGUGGUCUUCACCGUGGCUGUCUCCACUGUCCUGGCCAAAACCAUCACAGUGGUUCUGGCCUUCACGCUCACUGCUCCAGGGAGAAGCACCAGGCAGUGGCUGGUGUUCUGGGCUCCUAAUCUCAUCAUCCCCAUCUGCACCCUCAUCCAGGUGACCCUCUGUGGCCUGUGGCUGGGAACCUCUCCUCCCUUUGUGGAUACAGACACACUCUCUGAACAUGGCAACAUCAUCAUCCUGUGCAACAAGGGCUCCCUCACCGCCUUCUAUUGUGUCCUGGGAUACCUUGGCUCUCUGGCCCUGGCCAGCUUCAUUAUGGCUUUCCUGGCCAGGAACCUGCCUGAUACCUUCAAUGAAGCCAAGUUUCUGACCUUCAGCAUGCUGGUGUUCUGCAGUGUGUGGGUCACCUUCUUGCCUGUCUACCACAGUGCCAAGGGGAAGGUCAUGGUAGCUCUAGAGAUCUUCUCCAUCUUGGCCUCCAGUGCAGGCCUCUUAUGUUGCAUCUUUGCCCCUAAGUGCUAUAUUAUCUUGAUAAGGCCUGAGAGAAAUUCUUUUCAGAAGAGCUCACAAUAUCCAGACCCCAGAUACAGGGCUGGAGGGCAGAAUGGACUCUGUAUUUCUCUAGGACAGUGGAAAAGGCCGGUGGUGUGUCCCAGUGGCCAUCCAGGUAACAAAAAGCCACAGAAACUGAAGAUCCAUUUAGACACCCGCUUGAUUCUGCAGGCUCAGUUUGCAGCCAGAAUUGCAGCUUCAGGCCAAAGCAGCAGCAAUGUUCCCUGUGGCUCUGACACUGCUUCUCCUCCAGAAUCUGGUCCUGGUCAAUUCCUGUGA